UCGACCGUUGAUGUUUUUUUUAUUCUCUACAACCUCUUUUACAUAAACAGUGGGGUCUCGUAGUAACGUCUUCGUUCGUCAUUCUUUUAUCUUAAAUUUUUUUUUAUGACAAGUGUUUCAUUUACGAUACGAAUAAUAUUGGAGAAUAUUUCUUUAAUUAUAAUUACAAAGUAAAUCAGCUUCAAUUUUAUUUUUGACCUAUUUCUGCCGGCUCCUAUAAGUUGUUAAACGAUUGUAAUAAAACUUUCAAGAAUAAUAGUUCUUGGCUAUAUGGAUCAGGAAGGAGUUCAACAGCCGUAAAAAUUUAAAAUGGAGAAGAAGAAGGAUGAGUUCUUGAUCAAAGAAAUGUUUAGGAAUCAAUUAUGAAUUUUUAGGUCAUGCAGUUAUUUCUUCAAGAUUUCUUUAAAUCCGAUUCGAACAAAUUUAAUUUUAAAAUCUUUAACCAUCGAAAGAGCAGAAAUUCUUACAAACUGGCAGGUUGUUUUUCAUAGGAACUGUUAAGGCUUUCUAUGAACUUUUGAAGAAUGUUUCUUUCUGUUGUUGCAAAAUUAAACUUCUUCCUGUACUCUACGGGAUAUUUUGGAAGGAAUUUCGUACCUUUAACAUCUUAAAAUGACUUAAAUUAUUGAUGUGUUGCCUAUCAAGUCUACAUAAUCUAAGCACAAGCUCAGUAACCCAGAAACUAUGAAAAGUCUAGUUCCGGAAAACAUACAAUAGAAAAAAGACUCAUUUAGAAAAAAAUCCUUUAUUGAAAAAAUUCUAGAAUCAAUUAUCAAGAAAGUUAAUAUCUUCAAGAUAAUGUUUUGAGAAUAAUGUGUCUUGAUAAGAACAACAAAUUUCAACGAUUUCAAUUAUUUCUUGCUUGCUGAAUGGGAACGAAUGUGUACAAAAUACUAAAUUUUACAUAUUGUAAGAUCUUUAGAAGCUAAAUAUUGCAUCAGGCUGUAUUGCGUGAUCUCACUGUAUUGGUAUAUGUACAUAGUUUCUUCGUGCCUUCCUCAUGAGUGUCUUCAAUACCAAACAGGUGCUUUCUUUAGAUGUGUGUGGUGUGUAGACCACAGUAAAGGGCAGCCAGUAACGAAAAUAAGUAAUAAUAUGGUGCGGCCAUAGAAAAGUGUGCUGAGUAAGGUGGAAUGCAAAAAAAAGAAGAAGUGCCUUUAAUUAAAAAUAAAAAAUAAGAAAAGAAGAUAAUAUGAAAAGUGCUUUGCAAUGUGACCUGAGACGGGUCAUAGCAUCAUCAUCCUUGCAAGUGAAUCCAGAAAUUAUUCAAUUGUUGUGUGAUAGAGAAAAAAUCGUGGAUGGUAUAUUGAGAUAAGCCCAUAAAUAGGGUGAGAACAUUCAAUAAAAAAUAAUUUUGUGUGAGAAAAAGUAAUUAUUAAAUGGCGGCGGAGAGUGAUGAAAUUGUAAGUGUUGUGGGGAAUGGGGCUGGGAGUCAACUGAAUGGAGGAAGUGGCGGAGGAACAUCUGGAGUGAAGGGCGAAAGUACGGAGAAUGCGUCACAGAGAGAUCCCACUUCCAAUGGCGACGCAAAUUCUGACCACAAGAUCAGCGGUUCACGUGAUCAGAGUGGCCAGGAAGUUGGUCGGAAUGUCAAUAGAAAUAAAUUCAGAGGAAAUGCACCAAAUUACCCCAGUGAUGCCUUAGAACACCGAUCAAAUAUCCUUGGUGAGGAUGAAGAUGGUCUUGGUCCCUUGCCCUACAAAUGGGAGAAGGCCUACACAGAGAGUGGAGAAUUAUAUUUUAUUGAUCACAAUACGGGAACAUCUCACUGGUUAGAUCCGCGUUUAUCGAAAUUCCAAAAGAAAUCUCUGGAAGAUUGUUUGGAUGAUGAAUUACCCUAUGGCUGGGAGAAGAUUCAUGAUCCACAGUAUGGAACAUAUUUUAUUGAUCACGUCAAUCGGAGGACACAGUAUGAGAAUCCCGUGUUGGAAGCUAAGCGUCGCGUGGAGAGAAGUCGUCCUCCAGGGUGCCCAAAAGGUCCCAUUUUCACGCGAAAUCCCCUUGAAUUGCGCGGUGAGAGAAUAAGAACGACCCUGCUGAAAUCUUCACGUGGCCUGGGAUUUACAAUUGUCGGUGGGGAUGACAAUGUGGAUGAAUUCUUGCAAAUAAAAUCAAUUGUACCCAAUGGACCAGCAUGGUUGGAUGGGAAAUUGCAGACGGGCGAUGUGCUGGUGUAUGUUAAUGAAAUUUGCGUUCUUGGUUUCACGCAUCACGACAUGGUGAAUGUUUUUCAAUCAAUUCUACCGGGGGAAACGGUACCCCUUGAAGUAUGUCGUGGCUAUCCAUUGCCCUUUGACCCAAAUGACCCAAACACCGAAGUGGUCACAACAAUUGCCGUGGAUGGGAUUAAUAGUGAUCCCGAGAAGGCACGAAUCCUUAUGGAUUUGAAUAUGGAUGGAAAUUACAAUUUUCUCGAUAUGUCAGAUCCCAUUAGUCCCAGUGGGGGUGGUGCUACCCUAAAUGGGAGCGCGAAGAACCCCUUGUCACGUUUGCAGGGGGAUGACUUUGUCCUGCAUCAGGAGCCAGAAGUUCACAGUAUAAGUAUUGUGAAGGGUGCAAUGGGAUUUGGAUUUACAAUUGCCGACAGUGCCUACGGGCAGAAGGUGAAGAAGAUCCUCGAUCGGCAGUGUUGCAAAAAUCUCCAAGAAGGUGAUAUUCUUCUCACCAUCAAUACAAUUGGGGUGAAGCAAAUGUCUCAUGGGGAAGUUGUGCAAGUUCUCAAGGAUUGCCCAAAGAAUCAAGAGGCCGUACUUAAAGUUCAACGUGGUCAAUUUAUCCCAUCGGCUGGGGCAACGGGUAAAACAUUCAAUUUAGAUCGAAAAAUGUUGAAGAAAAAUCCCGAUGGGUUAUUUCGAAGUGGCAAAGAUGGGGGAUUGUAUAGGAGUAAGACACCAACAGCGGAUUUGUACAGUACACAGCCGAAGGAGAUUUUGCCAACAAGACCAAAAACACCCCUCGUUGAUACGAGAGCACGCGCCAAGACGCCAUCAAAUGAUCUCAAUACCGAUGACAAUGAAGCCUGUGGUGGUCAUGAGAAGAUCACAGAAAAGGAAGGUAUUCCCGUGGAUUCGAAAUCAAAUACAAGCUAUCCCGAUCAUGAUUCAAUCAACAAUGAUCUUCCGUACAUUGAUACCUUCCCAAAGAUGGUCAUGACACUCACUGAUCGCCUCUCGGAGGUAUCACUCAAUCCCAUUCACGAUAAAUACCACCAGGAUCGCCUUCAUUCAGCCAAUAAAACCUUCGCAAGUAGUCAAUCGGAUCUCAAUAGCUACGAUCACGUGAAUACGGAUUUUUACGUUAAUGCACCCACUGUGCGGAACUUGAGUGAACUGGGUCCUGCACCUGUUGCCCUAAUGGCGCCAAUUCCCACAUAUCAUCAGGACACGUGCUACUGUUUCGAGUGCCAGGACUUUAAUAGGCAGCAAAUGGAGUACAUGCAGCAGCAGCAGCGGAAUAUGUAUAAUUGGCAGCAAGCCAAUGGACGGGCUAAUAGGAAGGUGAAUGAGUACCUGUUGGACAGGAGACGUGCGGGAUUUAGUCCACUUGAGAGUCAUGGAUACCAUCAAGCAAAUGCCUGGAAGUAUGGGGAUACGUCCUCCGGCGAUGGGGGCUUUUCUCAGGCACCACUUCAUGAAGAAUAUGCCCUUUCUGAAGUUACGCUGGAGCGUCAAACUCUCGGGUUUGGUUUUAGAAUAGUUGGUGGAACAGAGGAGGGUUCACAGGUAACAGUUGGGCACAUUGUCCCAGGUGGAUCAGCUGAUCGUGCUCCUCAGAUUGCGACUGGUGAUGAAAUUCUCAGUAUUGAUGGUGUUAAUGUGGUGAAUGCAUCUCAUCACAGAGUUGUACAAUUAAUGGGUGAAGCAGCCCUUCGGGGUCAGGUAACAAUGAUCUUACGGCGGAAAGCAAUGGAGAAGCAUAAAAUCUAUCCAUAUGACGUCAUUGUGAGUCGCAAUGAAAAUGAAGGAUUCGGUUUUGUUAUAAUCUCAUCGACAAAUCAAUAUUUUGGAUCCACAAUUGGAAAACUAAUCCCGGGAAGUCCAGCAGAUCGCUGUGGUGAGCUGAAAGUUGGUGAUCGUAUUGUGGCAGUCAAUCGUGUGGAUAUAGCUGGGAUGAGUCAUGGGGAUGUGGUGAAUCUCAUAAAGGAAUCUGGAUUGCAUGUUCGCCUGACAAUUGGGAGUCCUCAAGUUAUUGCAAAUCAACCAAUGAAGGCACCACCACAACCACGAAAUGAGGGAUUCUUUGUUGAUUCUCGCUUUGCUGGCAUACCAAAUCAUCCACAAUUAUGACUCUAAAAUGCCUUAAUUUUACAACGCUUCGAAGAUCAGAUUGAAAUGGUCAAGUUUAUAAAGAAAACAUAACUCCAAUUCGUAGAAUUUUAUUCAAAAAAAAUUGCUCAAUUUUAAUGCUUUUAAAUUCUAUUUAUGUGACUCGAUAGGUCAGACGGUUAAAGCUUAAGUUUUAAGUCUAAAUAACGAGUUAAGCUGGUUCGAGUCUCAGUUGGGAAAAUAUUUUUUUCUUGCCUUAUCUUAAAAAUUUUGCUCAAAAAGAAAUCUCAAGAACGUUUGCUCAUUCCAACCUUGACCAUUCAAUUAAUUAUACUUUAGUAAUCAGUACUAAAAAUAUUUUUAAAAAAUCUCACCUCUAGUUGAUUAAAUUCAGAAACCAGAGAGCUGUUCCAUAAAAAAGGAUAAAAUCUCAUAAAUCACAAGGUAGUGGAAUAAGGUACUUAAAUAGUGGAACAAAUAGUACUUGCCUUAAUCUUUUCUCAUUUACUUAAAGCGGACUUAAGUAUACACAUAUAGAUAAUCCAAAAAGAGGUAUAGAAGUAGGUUAAAAUGAAUAUUUCUUGAAUAUUUUUAGUAUUUUUUUUUGUUUUAAAUAAAUCACCGAAUUUGAUGCAAUUAACACCCUCAGAAAACACUUUAAGAACAUUUUGUACAAAUUAAAAAAAAUAAAAUAAAAGAGAAUGUAAAGCGAUUGAAGGACUUACAGAGACAAUUUUAUAGACAAAAAAAAAACAAUUUUUGUCUUUGAGAGUUUGUUAUCAAUGCAAUAAGACUGACAAAGUGAAAGUUUGCAUAAGAAAAGAAAUCUAGUGUACUUAUUAAGAGGUUUUUAAAGGAAAAAUAAAGAAUUUUACGAUUAGUUAGAUAAAGUUUUAAAGAAAAGAAGAAUAUAAAUGAAUAAUUGCAAGCUUAUGAGAAAAUAUAAAGUCCUUAAUAAUUAAUUUUUUUUACAAUAAAAAUUAGAUUAUUACAGAAUGGUAUGUUAUCUUUAAUAAAAUAAAUAUUUCUUUAAUAUUAAUAUGUACAAGAUUUGUUGGAAGAAUUUUUAAUAGCUUCUAAAUAAAUACAUUUUUUAUACGAAAA